GAAAAUAAACGAAGAAGAUGGCAAGACUCACUUGGGAGAGAUGUUUCCUCGUCUUUUGCUGCAGUUUUUCGUUAUUUUGCAGUAACAUCUUUGCAUUCUUGGAUCUAGAAGAACUGAAAUCUGUUCAUUAUGAUAUAGAUAUUUUGGCAACUCCCGUACUUCGUGGCAGGCCUGUCCAGCAGGAGGUCAUGCACCUCUGGUCCAAGUUUGGCCAGCAGUACGAGUGCCAGCUGCCAGACAUGACAGACUACGAGAAGGACCAGGAAGAGGAAAAGUUGGCCACUGACAUGGGCAUCUCCGAGCUGCUGAAACCCAUGGAGAAUGCACCUUGUCUGGUCAAGACCAAGGACUGGUGGAGUUACGAGUACUGUCACGGCAGAUUUGUGAAGCAGUACCACCUAGAAGACGGUAAGAUCAUGGGAGAUGUUGCAUAUCUGGGCCACUACGAGAGUGAGAUGGAUUGGAACAACAAGACACACAAGGAUGCCAAGAGACACAGGUUGAAUCGUUAUCACAGCCACACUUAUGUCAAUGGCACCAAGUGUGACAUAACGAAAAAACCUCGAGAGACGGAAGUCCGGUUCGUAUGUGCGGAAGGGCAGGGCGAUUCCAUCUUCCGCGUGGACGAGCCCUCAUCCUGCGUCUACAUCCUCACUGUCCACACCUCCCGCACGUGCCACCAUCCUUACCUCCGGCCGCCGCCAAGCUUGAAAGCCAGGCCCGUGCUCUGCUACCCGGCUCUGGAACAAGACCAGUAUGAGAAAUAUAUGGAAUUGAAGCAAGCCUUCUUGCUCUGGCAGCAUGGCUACAGCAGUGGGCACUGCACACAAAUCCCGUCUCCCGGAGCGAAGGGGUUAAGAUUGAAUGAGAUUUGUACGCAGUCGUAUUGCAUUUUGUGUGCAGAAUCCUCACUUUUUGACGAUUUGGACCAGUCAGAUGUGAACAUGGAUGGAUUGGAAGAGGCCUUGGCCAUGGGUGUAGACCCCACACAGCUCAGCACCCUGGUAAAAUCAAUACUCCAAUCAGUACAGGACAAUGUCAAGAGCAUUGAUGAGGAGGUUGCAGACAAAUCUGAAACCAGUGGAGAUUCUCUGAAGAUGAAAGGACCACCCGAGGAAGUUGACGAUGAAGAAGACGAAGAUGAUGAUGAUGAGGAGGGGGAUGACCUGCUUGAGAAGCUAGCCCUCACUGACCUGGAUACCGACAGAUUCCUCGAGGACCCUGAACUGGAGCGCCUGAUGGAGGACGACAUCGGCGAGUUGGUGGCAAAGUACAGAGGUCAGAUUCCCAAGUUGACCUCCGACCCAGCCGAGGUGGCCAGGAUGAACGAGAUGAUCGACAACAUUGAGGCCACGCUUCAAGAGAUCAAUGCCGUCAACAGUCUCAUUGAAGAGACGAGAGGAGAAGAUGAUGAUGAUGACGAUGACGAUGAUGAUGACGACGAAAUUGAUGAGGAUGAUGGGGCAAGAAUGCUGGCCAAGACUCUGAAGAACCUCAUCAGUGGUAUCAGGGAGAAGGGCGAAGCACACAAGACGGGAGACUUAAAGAAACCGUCCACCUCGCCAAUUGCAGGUGAUGCUGCCGCUGCUGCAGGCAAAGACAGGGUCAAACUAAAGGUGACCAAGGUGUCCCUGGACCGGUCCCGGCGGGCUCAGCACGAUUCCCCCAAGGAGACGGCAGUUUACGACAGCGAGCACCGGCCCAUCGAGGAGGCCAUCAUGCAGCAGCUGGAAAAUGCUGGCCUAGACACAGACGCUGGUAAAAUAGAGUUUCGGAUCGUGACAUACUCACCCAGUGAGUGGCCGGGAGACGAGGAGGAGGACGGGGUAACGAUACUGACUGAAGAGGAAAGCAACUACUUCAAGAAUGUGGUCAUGGGCUUGCUGGGGGGCGGAGCUGAGGCAACCGAACAGCAGAGGCAGAGGAGACUGGAGAACAAUUACCAGCUGACGUGGGACUCGCUGGGCACAGUGGCACUUGGAACCAGCUCGACGCUGUCUACCGAGGCCACAAGCCCCGAUACGGAGAUGGAGGAGGAUGAACCAUGAUGGAGAGACUGACAGGAUGCAUCCAUCCAUCCAUAAAAAAAAAUCCCCGAAGUGGAGAGGGGUAUGAUGAGAAAUUCAGAUAUCAGGCGACACAUCUGAAUUGGCCAAAGUGCUUGAAAACUUUCAAUAAACAUUUUUGUUUCUGUCAGACACUGGGGAUCAUUCUGGUGAACAUUUUCAAGAUUUAAACUUUCACUUAUUUAAACUUUCACUUCAAACUUUCUCUUUUCUAGUGUUGUUGAAAGUGAUUAAUGGUGUGCUUUUAACUCCAAGUGCUUUGUUUGCUAUGCUAGCAACAUAGCAAAGAAUUAUUUCCGUGCAAGAGUUUUUCUCUAAUUUGUAGUUAAAUCUGGAGACCAUUCAGCAGUAACACUUGCAAUUUAUCAAAGUUUGUGACGACUAAUUCGAUUUUCUGUACUUCUAUAAUUUUCAAAUAUUGGGGGAAUCAUUUUGAGGGCGAAAUUUUGCAGCGCUGAGUUUAUUGCCGGAUGUCUGUGUAUGCCAAAACACCAGAACAGUAGUUCCUCCUCAUUGGUAGCACUUUUUUUUUCAGGUUGAUUGGAACAGGUUGUUUGGGAUUUCGUGUCAUUAGUGUUUUUGACAUGUAAAACAUUUGAAAUUCUCCUCUUUAAAUCUGAAGACUCAACUCAUUACUUUUGCUUCAUUUCAUUCAACGUCUUGCAUUAUCACAUGUAUUUCUGUUGUACACAAAUUGUAAAAAGAAAAGGCUAAAUUAUUCUACUGAAAAAAUAUACAUGUAUAUAUGCUGGAAAUUAUAUUCUAAAGGAACAAUUCGUUUCAACCACUUGCUUUUCUUUGAAAGUGACAGUAUUGCUUUUAUUUUAUGCAAACUUUAAUUUUAUAUUAAAUUGUCCCAAAUGAUAUAUGCAUUGAAAGGCCGACAUGGAAUGUUUCUUGGAAGAAAAAAAAAUGGUUAUAUUUCAAACUUUCAGAAAGGUAGACACAGGCAGGUGUGGAAUGUUGUUAACUUUGAAUUCUUCUGAUGUUGUUGUACAACUCCAUUACAUUUUGUGCAAGCAGUGAUAGCUGAACCAUCAAAGAAUCAACAUUUUGGAAAAAUGCCUUGAAAAAGAACCCGGUUGGCAUGUUUCUUAAACUGACGAGAUUUGAUGGGCAUGAUUUGCAGCGUUUUGUAACCCAUCCCAGCCUCUCCAGCACGUUAAAAAUGUAUGCAGUUUUGUGGCAGCAGUAAAUAGAUUUACUGGAGACUGCCGUCAAACAAAUUGGGACCCAAAAGCAAAAGCAGAGUUCAGUGUUUCAGUGCAUUUUAUAAUUAAAGGACCAGUAAUGGCCUUAAUAUUAGUAGAAGAUUACAAGGAAGAGAUGUGUGGGAAGUGGAAUGUGACAGAGUGACUCGGUUCAUGUAUUUCAAACAUAAGGGUGCACUGUGAAUGUGAAUGGUAAUUCCUAGCCCCCGAAGGUGGGGGGAAAAGUUAAAGUGAAAUUGGUGGAUUGAAAUCUGUUACCGGUAACAUAAAACCUGGUUACUUUGACAUAGGUAUUGGGCUACUAGUAAAUAGGUGUGUUCCUGUAAUUGGCACUGGGUUAGACCCUAUAAAUAACUUUGUACUUGCCUUAUUCUGGACAGAACACGAAGGUUUGAUAGUGUGUUGAGAACAUCUUCAGUCACACUUCCAAAGUCCUCUUAUCAAAUGUCCUUUUCUCACUGCCCAAAGAGCUGCAACCUUCUUGUAACCUGGUCAGGUAAACUAGCUCGCCAGAAUAUUCCUUCUUCGGUGUUAACCAUUUGCUGCUUGCUGGGUCAAUUGUGACACUACAUAUUUUUGUCCUAGACAGUUGACGCCAGUGUAACAAAAUCCCAUUGACCACUGUCUAGGGGAUUUUCACAGUGCUGUGAACAUAAAUGGACCAGUUCCCUCACUUUGAGCCAUAUAAAACAUUUCAUUGGCUGGUCACCGAGGAAAUUGGUUGUAAUGGAUUGGAUGGGGCUCUUCUCAUCGGUCACUGGUAACCGAGAUCAACCAGAGUUUUCAACUAUUGUAGCACAGCACCAGCACCACUGUUCCCUUUUAGUGCCAUUUUCCAUUGAGGAGUCCAUAUUUUAUGAAAACUGUGCUCAAAAUUCUGAAUCACUAAAAAGGAACUCUGGGCAGAAUCUUGACAUAGGUACAACAUUUCCUGAACAUAUAAAAAAUUUGACAGAUGUAGAGAAGUGAAAAUGAAUUUUAGCAAUACACUUUUCUUUUAACAUGUGUAAAUUAAAAAUUAUCCACGGGAUGUUACUUGUUUGUCAAAAGAUAAAUCUUAUAGUACUGCAAUUUUGUUUUUGAGUCUGGAAACUGGUUGAUGCCUAAUAUUGCUCAAUAAAUGCCACAAAAGAAUAGA